AUGGACAACGUAGCGCCGUUACGAGCACCCAAGCUGCCGAAAACCAAACUAGAAAAGGAUAAUGCCAAACGAUUAAUAGUAGUCCUUGAACAGGCAUCAUUGGAAACAGUCAAAUUGGGCAAGGGCAAGGAAGGCCACUAUGCUCUGCUGAACUGCGACGACCACCAACAUAUCCUCCGCAAACAUGGAAGAGACAUCGCUGACUCAAGGCCUGACAUCACUCAUCAGGUAAAGAAUAGCAGACGUGGAGUUGCAUUGUUGCUGUCGUAUUGUGUCGAGCAUCCAUUACUAGACAGUCCACUCAACAAAUCGGGCCUGCUACAAGUCUAUGUACGAACUACCAAAAAUGUAUUGAUUGAAAUCAACCCUCAGGUCAGAAUACCGAGGACAUUCAAGAGAUUCGCGGGCUUGAUGGUCCAACUGCUCCACAAACUGAGUAUACGCUCAGUCAACGGUCCAGACAAACUCCUCAAGGUCGUGAAAAACCCAGUACAGGACCAUCUGCCAACAAACGCUUACAAAAUCACUCUAUCAGGAGACGCACCAACAACCCGCCUAUCAUCCUACGUAACAACACUACCGAAAGACACAUCCAUCGUGGUCUUUAUAGGAGCCAUGGCUGCUGGUCCUGACGAAUUCGCCGAUGGACUUGUAGAUGAGAAGAUAUCCGUAUCGGAUUUCCCAUUAUCGGCGGCAGUCACUUGCUCAAAGAUCACGAAUGCUUUUGAGGAGUUGUGGAGUAUAUUGUAG